GAGUCAGAGCUGGAGAUAUUGCAGGCUUGACAGAUGCUGCACAGCUUUGGGGAGAGAAGAAUAAGGAGAGACAGACAGACAUAGAGGAGGGGACACACAACACAGGAAACAAAUAGACCAAGCAGAGCAACUGUAAACCCAGAGGAAAAAGAAGAAGCUCUUCUCAUUGAAUCCAAUACACCAUGGACACUAGGGUUUCACCGCAGUUCUAAACCAAACGGACCCCUUACCAAUCAGGAGCCAUGUCAACAGGCCCUGGCCUUUGUGCACCUGACCUGGUCGAGGGCCCCCAGACCACCGGACCCGUUGGGCUCCAGACCUUGUUGGACCUACUGGUGGGCGUCUACCAGGAGUUCUACUCCUCGUCCUUUGCAAGGGAGAAGUAUGUCUCUGGUUUCCUGCAAUGGGCUGAGCCCUUGGUGAGGGAGGUGAAAAGGACUCGAAUCAAAAGAGAAGACUUUAACAUCCUGAAGGUCAUCGGCCGAGGCCCAUUCAGUGAGGUUGCUGUGGCAAGGAUGCGAAGCACACAACAAGUGUACGCUCUGAAGAUUAUGAAUAAAUGGGACAUGCUGAGGCGAGGAGAGACAGCAUGUUACCAGGAGGAGAGGGAGGUUUUACUGAAGGGUGACAGACGUUGGAUCACAGAGUUGCACUAUUCCUUUCAGGAUGACAACUAUCUAUAACUGGUGAUGGAUUACUACGUAGGGGGGGACCUGCUGACUCUGCUCAGUAAGUUUGGAGACCGGAUCCCUGAGGACAUGGCUAAGUUCUACUUAGCUGAGAUGGUCAUGGCCAUUGACUCUGUCCACAGACUGGGUUAUGUGCACAGAGACAUCAAACCUGACAACAUCCUGCUGACAGCUGAUGGACACAUCAGACUUGGUGACUUUGGUUCCUGUCUGAGGCUCCAAGAGGAUGGGAUGGUUCACUCAUCCAUAGCAGUCGGAACCCCUGACUACUUGUCUCCAGAAAUUUUAAAAGCAGUAGAAGGAGGCGGAGGUUAUGGCUCUGAAUGUGACUGGUGGGCUCUGGGUAUCUGUGCCUAUGAGAUGGUGCUGGGGACCACGCCCUUCUACGCAGAGUCCAUCUCUGAAACAUAUGCCAAGAUCAUCCACUUUCAGGAGUAUUUUGAAUUCCCUCCUUCUGGCCCUGAGAUUUCAGACAGGGCUCGUUCCUUCAUCACUGGGCUCAUCUGUGAAAGGGAAGUCCGUCUGGGGAGGAAAGGCUCUAGUGACUUCAGGAGCCAUCCCUUCUUCUGUGGAAUAGACUGGGGUUCCCUGCAUAAACUCCCUGCCCCCUUCCUGCCUGAAGUAUUUAAUUCAACUCAUACCUCCAACUUUGAUAUUCUGGAUGACUGUCUCAGUGAAAUGGAGACGCUGUCUGACGUAAUGGACAGAGCUCCAAUAGGAGUACACUUGGCUUUUGUUGGAUACUCUUACACCGCUACCUGUCAGACAGGUGCCAUUGACCGCAGUCAAGACAUCAUGAUGAAGAUUGACCACACAAGGCUAAGGGACUGUAAGAAUCUUUACACACUUGAGAAAUUGAGCCAGCGGUGGCAGCUCACAGACACUGUACCAGAUUACCUGCCUGAAUUGCUGGAGCUCCCGCUCACUCUGGAGGAAGGUCCUACUGUAUCCACCCACACUAUCACUGAAGAGGAGAAGACUGAUCAAAUAUCAGGACUCGAUGAAGACUUACAGAGACGUUUACAAGAAGCCGAGAGGAGAUAUUGUGAGCUGGAGAAAGAGAUGGAGAGAUUGAAGAGGGAGAUGCAGGACUGGAGAGCCUCCAAGGAGACAGCACUGAGUAUCUGCCCAGCAACUCUUGCUCUGCCUGCCUACUGUGUGGACACACCAGGGGAUAGGGAGAGAGUGCCCCCAGCCUGUCAUUACCCCCUGGUGAUUCCUCUUCACCGCCACUUGCUCCUAUUCCACAGGGUUCGCCUGCCACAGGUGAAGAGUGAGUCAUACCUGCUGGUGUGUGCAGAAGGGGGGGUGCUCCAAGCCUGGAAGAGACAGUGUUAUACUGAGCUCUCCUGAAAGCACUUUAAAGAUGGCACAUGCUGACUUCUUCCACCAUAACAAGACAAAGGACUGAGCCCCUGCUUUAAGCUUACUCCCUGCGCCACGACUCAGCCUCCUAAACUUUCAAACUUAAGUUUUCCAACUGAUAUAACAAGGAAAGGCAGGCCAGGCUACUGGGAGCUAAUGAGGAAGGAAUGAUGACAUAUUCUGAACUACCUUGCCUGCUUACUUGAUUGAAAGUCACGAUAGAGAUGCACACUGAGAAAAACACUCAACUUACUUUGAUUAUUAUUGAUAAUAAUGAUGUUUGAGUGACACAGAGAGUGGCCAGAAUAUUGUGUAGCAUGUCUCUGCACCUUGCUCUUGUGUUGCACUACAAAAGGCAUGUUUUGCUGUACCUGUUUUAGUAUUCAAAUAUUUACUAAUAAUGACCAUGAUCUGUAGAUUAACUUGGACAAUAGCACCACAGGUUCUGUCAGUGUGAAAGGUGUGCUGCAUAAAUAAAGGUAUACAGUUAGUUAGUUAGGGUGGAAAAUAUAAGCGUAUAAAGUCAGAUAUGAAUCAUAAUUCAGGCAGAACAAUAAAGUCACACUUGUAUAA